UUGCUCCUCGCUCGCUGUAUUUGCUAGUGGCGCAUUUGACCUCGGGAUGUCUGGACGCGGGAAGCAGGGCGGCAAGGCGCGCGCCAAGGCCAAGACGCGCUCGUCGCGGGCGGGUCUGCAGUUCCCUGUGGGCCGCGUGCACCGCCUGCUCCGCAAGGGCAACUACUCGGAGCGGGUCGGGGCCGGCGCGCCCGUGUACCUGGCGGCCGUGCUCGAGUACCUGACGGCCGAGAUCCUGGAGCUGGCGGGCAACGCGGCGCGCGACAACAAGAAGACGCGCAUCAUCCCGCGCCACCUGCAGCUGGCCAUCCGCAACGACGAGGAGCUCAACAAGCUGCUGGGCCGCGUCACCAUCGCGCAGGGCGGCGUGCUGCCCAACAUCCAGGCCGUGCUGCUGCCCAAGAAGACCGAGAGCCACCACAAGGCCAAGUGAGGAGGAAGAUUAAAAACAACAAAAGAACAAAAGGCUCUUUUCAGAGCCACUUA